ACUAAACAACAAAGUGGAUACAAUGACAAGAAGAAAUCAAUGAUAGUUGACUAUUCGUUCGUAGAUGGCGCAAAAAGGAAAAUUCAAACAUCGGCGGGCUUCUCUAGGUCAAGUGGUCAAGAACAGAAAGGUUUGGAAUUCCCAAUUAUUUAUUUGUAAACAGGUUUAAGAAGACCAUGUUAUCUGUUUAUAAGUUCAAGAAAAUUCAAUUUUCAACUAAGUGGUUUACAGUUUUGGAACAAAUCCAUAUGUUAACAGUUUUAUAUACGAUUUAAUCUAGGAGUAAAUUUAAGAUAUAAAACAUGAAACUAUAUUUUAUGUUAUUUGGUAUCACAAUCCAAUUUGUGGUCAGUCAAAAACCAUCGCCUUGCCCAGAAACGUUUUCGUAUGAACCUAGAGGAAGCGAAAAUGAUAGAUGGUAUGGAGUCAUAUCCCUUAAGACAACAGAAGAAUUAACAGGAGUGUGGCUGCGACUUAUCCUCGACAGGCCAGCUGAGCUAAUAGGGAACUGGUUUGGAGAAACAUCGUCCACCGAUAAUAUAGAAUAUGUCAUUCGCAACCCCAAAUACAAACUAGAAGUUGGGCCCCCUGUUUCAGUACGGUUUUUUGUUAAAUACAACCCUGCCCAGCGCAUUCCAAGCCUUGAAGGUAUAAGACUUAACGCGAAGACCAUUUGUUCGGCCCUGAAGGAUGAGGCGGAAUUAAAGCCCGUCGAACCUAUCCUUCACAUCAGCCAAUUACGACCAACAGGUUCUAUUAAUAAUAAUAAUCAAAACUACAUGCCUAGCGGUUCGAACAGUGAGAAGCCUUCAGAGAGUAGUAACGGAAGAAAUAAGCCUUCGAAUAGUGAUAGAAACAGAGGUGGUAGUUCUAAUAAUAAUAAUAACAACAGCGACAGAAGGCAAAGUAGUAACUCAAAUAGGCAAAGCACCACUACCAAGAGGCCGAGUAGUAGCGAAAGGCCCAACUACAACAGAGAAACUGUAACAGCGGAAAUCUUAAGGCCUAACAUCGGAGUAUUGUACGGUAAUUCAGAGAUAGACGAAAGCGAUUCCCAGUUUUUCCCAGGGGACUUUGGAAUCCCUCUCGCACCUUCUCAAAACAGACCUACUUCAAGCUCCGGGCAAAUUGGUAGCAAGUUGUCAAGCUGCGGAACCGUAGCUACCUCGCCCGCUGCCUUAAUUUCUUAUGGUCAAGAAACAUGGCCAGGGCAAUGGCCUUGGCACGCCGCAUUGUACCUGUCCAGGGGCAUUCAACUUAGGUAUAUAUGCGGGGGCACACUCAUAUCAGAACGGCACAUUGUCACCGCUGCCCACUGUGUCACCACACCUCAGACCAACAGAAUCGUGAACCCAACCAACUUGUUGAUAUAUCUAGGUAAACACAAACUGAUAUCGUUUGGAACAGAAGUACAAGACAGGGGCGUAUUAGAUAUAUUUAUUCAUCCAGAAUACAAUCACACUGUAUAUUAUAACGACAUAGCCGUUUUGAAACUUACAAAACCAGUAACCAUAACAAACUACGUAAGGCCUUGCUGUCUGUGGGAAGGAGAUACAAAUUUGGACAAUGUUCUUCAUCAGGAAGGGACAGUUGUAGGCUGGGGCUUUGACGAAAACCGAGAACUAUCGGACAAGUUGAUGCAAGCUAAAAUGCCUAUAGUUUCCACUGUGGACUGUAUUUUCUCCAAUAGAGAUUUCUUCUCUCGAUUCACGUCGGAAAAAAACUUUUGUGCUGGAUUUAGAAAUGGUACUUCGGUGUGCAACGGAGAUUCGGGCGGUGGGAUGGUAUUCCCGAAAAGAGGAACAAAUGGUCAAAACCCCGUGUGGCAACUUAGGGGUUUAGUGUCCGUGGGUGUGGCCUUACAAGGUCAAGGGGUGUGCGAUCCUUCUCACUACAUAAUCUUCACCGAUGUCGCCAAAUACACUCACUGGAUACAGCAAGUUAUAGCCAACUAAACUAUGCCAUGCUCAGAGCUAUAGAAAAUACUCAUUCUUUGUGAUAUACUUUUUCUAAGAAAAAAUAAUAUUUUUCCACUCCCGUUUUAUGUUAUGCUGCCAUGAAAGGAUUGUGUAAACAGAUCAAUAAAAUAUUUUUUAAUA